AUGGCGGCCGAAGGCCUUGGCUUGGCUGCCUCAGUUGCCGGCCUUGUGUCGUUAGGCUUGCAAAUCACCGGUGGCAUCGUCCAGUAUCUCGACGCCUUGGACCGACGCGAAGACGACCUAGCUCAUGCUAGACAGCAAAAUCAGACUCUGACAACUACUCUAUCCGCCCUGGAAACAGUGUCGGCCGGCCUCCAGAAUCAACAUCUAGUGUUUACCGAUACGCUAGUCCAGGAUAUACAAAGGUGCAAACAGGCACUCAGUGAUGCAGAGCGUCUACGCAUUGAGCUCACUGAUGGCAAUAAUGCAACUUGGACAACACGAUUGAGAAACACAAAUAAGAAGUUGACCUACAAGUUCCAAGAGUCCAAGCUUCAGCAACUUUCUCAGCGAUUGCAGCAAACCAACGAAGUCCUACAGCUCACUCUGAAUGGGUUGCAAGUGUAUGUCUAG